CCGGUCCAGUGACCUCACAGUCGCCAUCUACCUCGCCAUGGCUCGCCGUCGCAGCGGGCCACCACCGCCACCGCACCACCGCCUCGCCCUGAUCGCCCUCGCCGCCCUCUCCUCCUGCCUCGCCUCCGCCACGACGUUGUCCUCCCAGCCUCAGCCAGCCGAAAUACUCCUGCCUUCCUUCGCCACCGCCGCCGAAGCCGAAGCGGACGGCGGCGGCGCGGCGGAGGCGGCGCGGACGUGCUGGUACACGGUGCAGAUCAAGACGAGCUGCGCGUCGCCGCGGCGCACGUCGGACGCGGUCAGCCUCGCGUUCGGGGACGCCUACCGCAACGAGGUGUACGCCGCGAGCCUGGCGGCCGGGUCGCCGUCGUCGUUCGAGCGGUGCGCCACCGACACGUUCCGCGUGGGGGGCCCCUGCGGCUACGGCGUCUGCUACCUCUACCUCCGCCGCUCCGGCCGCGACGGGUGGACGCCGCAGUGGGUCAGGGUCUACGAGCCCACCUCCGGCACCCCCUCCACCUUCUACUACGGCGACCCCCUCCCCAACGCCGUCUGGUACGGCCUCAACCGCUGCCCCCGCCUCGCCGUGGCGACGUCGCCGGCGAGAUGAUCAUGGCCGGUCCGAUCACCACGAGCACGCCAUUUACCGAUUGGAUUAAUGGGAUGUCCAUGAUGUGUUACCACGUGUAUGUAUUGUAUGAUUCAAUGCGUCUGUGAUAAUCCAGAAGUUAAUCUUCAAUAAUAUGAACAGAUCUGAUCCUGCUCUGAUCCGAUCCGUGAAUUUGUUAA